UUAUAGAAAUGUUUGGAUAUGCAUGAUAGUCAUCAACAUCAUACUAAACACCAUUUCUGCAACGCCUAUGUAUUUUUCACACAUUUCACCAAAUGUUAAUUCAAGAAACAUCAGACACUUGCCAUGCGUGUCAGUGAGGACUGGUGAAACGGGGGUUUGCAUGUUUGCUUUUGACUGUGUGAAGGCAAAUGGAACGCAUCUUGGUACCUGUCUAGACAGGUUUUACUUCGGGAGCUGCUGCAAACUUAAUGACGAAGCUGAAGUGUCUCCGCAAGACAAUACAAUAGAUGACCUUCCUUCAACGACAUUUGCACCAACGGGCAAACCGAUUGAAAGCAAUGAUAUACCAGAUUACUCAGUAAAACCGAAGCCAGAAAAGGUUCCUGAAUUGUCAUCAACAUCACUGACUAGAAAGCCUAUCAUCAGCACUCCUUACACGACUACACAACGGCCUGUAGAAUUUUCUACCUUCCAAACAGUUCAAGACAGUCAUCGACCAGCUGCAAAUACACCUAGUAGCUCAUAUGCUUCAACAUCAUCAACUCAAUAUCAAAAGGUCACGACGGUUACUGAAUCUACCACAAAACGUACCGAAACGACUUCUUUCGUUAAGCCUCCCAUCAGUUCCAGUUCAGUUGAUGAUAGAAAUCCACCUGCUACUCGAUUUCCACCAAGAAAUGUUACGACAACCACUCAAGCGACAACUACUCGACGGACGACAACGAAAGCUCCUACGACAACGACACAAAAAAUUUUGACAACAUCAAAACCUACUGCGAAUACUCAAAAAAUAUCAACGACAAAUAAAUAUUCAGCAACCGUUUCAAAAUUGACAACGACAACGACGAAACCAUUGACAGUGGGAACUAAAAGACCCAUUAUCACUUCUUCUACAUACACUAAAAAACCAACAAGUCCUCAUAGAAAACCUUCGACAACACCAAAACCUCAUACAAGUACAGGAUCAAAUAUCCUAACAACUGGAACGACUAAUUAUACAUCAACUCCAGUGACUAAGCCAACGAAACCAAGUUUAAGUAGUAAUAGUAGUAGUGGUACAACAGUGACAGUUAUUAAAAAGCCGAUUUCGGAAAGUAGUACAACUACUCUGAGUAGUACAAGUCGAUUUACGAUAACACCAAGGCCAACAAGUGUAAAACCAUUGAUUACAUCAACGCCAAAACCAAAACCCUCAUCACAAACUAUCGAAACUAGCACAAAGCCGAUAAAGCCAGCUACUUGGACGACAAUUCAGAGUACGGAAAAACCAAAACCAACUACGACAAGUGUUAAACCAACUUCAAAGCCUAGACCAACUGGAAAACCAGGGAAACCUACGAAACCUUCAAAACCAACUACAGCAUCAACAAGUACGACAGCUGCAUCAACAUCAACAAGUGUUCCAAGUUCUUCAAGUAUUGCCUAUACGACUUGGUUAUCAACACAGACAGUUAAAACUACUACUACUACUACGACUACUACGAGUAAACCAACAACAACGACAACAACAUCAACAACAACAGAAGUGCCAAGUUCUGUAACACCAGGGCUGAUAACUUGGAGUUCCAACUCUGAUGAUGAAACGACACGAACACCAUCAUCGACAUCAACAACAACCCAAGAACCAGAAGAAAUAACUCAAACACAAUGGUCUCCUCUAACAACACCUGAUGGAUGGGUAAUGAUUCAAUCACCCAGCACGAUGAAGCCAGGUAUCCAAGAAGAACCAGUUACAGAAUCAAAACCUACCAAAUUGCCUCCACCUACAGAACCUUCAACACCUGCUUCAACAACAGAACGUCUAUCGACAAUGAAGCCAACUGUACCGACUGUGGUUUCAACACCUUCAAGCUCGAUUUAUCCUAGUCUACAAACAAGUACAGUACCUCCAGAGGAGUUCAGACCACUCAAUAUGUCCGACUAUAGACAAGUUUGUGGACGACGAAUGAUUCCGGAAUCACGAAUUGUUGGUGGAGAAAGCAGUUCUUUUGGACGUUGGCCUUGGCAGAUUUCCUUGAGGCAAUGGAGAACUUCCGCAUUCCUUCACAAAUGCGGUGCAGCUUUGUUGAAUGAAAAUUGGGCAAUAACAGCAGCUCAUUGCGUUGAAAAUGUUCCACCAAGCGACCUUCUUCUUCGUAUGGGAGAGCAUGAUUUAGCAAAUGAAGAUGAACCAUAUGGUUUUCAAGAAAGAAGAGUUCAAAUAGUAGCAAGUCAUCCGCAGUUUGAUCCAAGGACUUUCGAGUAUGAUCUUGCUCUCCUUCGAUUUUACGAGCCACUUUUACCUUUUCAACCGAAUCUGCUACCAAUUUGCUUACCAGAUGAUGAUGAGGGAUAUGUUGGUCAUACUGCUUAUGUUACUGGUUGGGGAAGACUCUAUGAAGAUGGACCACUUCCAUCAGUCCUUCAAGAAGUUCCAGUACCAGUCAUCAAUAACACUAUGUGUGAAUCGAUGUAUAAAAAUGCUGGAUAUGAUGAACGAAUUCCUCAUAUAUUCAUUUGUGCUGGUUGGAGGAAAGGUGGUUUUGACUCUUGUGAAGGUGACAGCGGAGGUCCAAUGGUGAUCCAGAGACCACGAGAUAAACGGUGGAUCCUAGCUGGAGUCAUCAGUUGGGGUAUUGGAUGUGCGGAACCCAAUCAACCGGGCGUGUACACAAGAAUUUCGGAGUUUAGAGAGUGGAUUACCCAAAUUCUCCAAUUUUAAAAAAUGAACGAAUGUACACGGAAAAAAAACUGUGCCUGCAACAGGACUGCUUAGUGGUAGUAAGGUAACUGCCCUAUUGCAGGCACAAAACAUUGUUCUGUUACUGCAACAAAGCAAAUCCUGUGGCAGUAACAGGAUUAUCCUGUGAUAGGGGCAGAAUUUUUGUGUAGCAAAAACGGGAUUAUCCUGAAACCGUACGAAAACUUAUCCUGUUGCAGAGACAGGGUAUUGCUUUUUUGUAAUAAUAGUAUAAAUAUGUAUUAUAGUAAUAAAUAAUAAUAUGUAUUAUUAUAGUAUUUAAAUUUGUAUAAAAACAAUCAUAAUGAUAAAAUGAAACAUUCAAGUUCAAAUUGAAUA